GAUACUCAGAACCUUGAAUAUCAUAUUUAUAGCAGGGUAGUCGGAGUCUGCACGCAAACCCACUUAUCUCCCAUUCCAACAUCGAAUUGUGAUGGCUCAAGCAAACAAGCCCCAGGAAUUCGAGACGCUGCAGUUGCACGCUGGUCAGGUUCCUGACCCUACAACCAAUGCUCGCGCAGUUCCUAUUUACGCCUCAACAAGUUUCGUCUUCAACAGCUUUCAACAUGGCGCGGAUCUUUGCAGCCUCAAGGCUUUUGGACACAUAUAUUCCCGUAUUGGCAACCCCACUGUCGAUGUCUUCGAGACUCGAAUGGCUGCCCUUGAAGGUGGUGCUGCGGCCGUCGCAACAGCCUCCGGUCAGUCUGCGCAAUUCCUUGCUAUUUCCACGAUAGCCAGUGCAGGUGACAACAUCGUUUCAACAUCAUAUCUCUACGGAGGGUUUGGUAUCGGCGUGAAGUUCGUGAAUGGCGAUGACCCAGCGCUUUUCGCAGCAGCAAUCGAUGAGAAUACGAAGGCAAUUUACGUUGAGAGCAUUGGUAACCCAAAGUACAACGUUGCGCCCAUUCCCGAGUUGGCGAAAGUUGCACAUGAUCACGGCAUCCCCUUAAUCGUGGACAAUACGUUUGGAAUUGGAGGGUACCUCAUCCGACCCAUCGAUUUGGGUGCAGACAUUGUUGUGCACAGUGCAACCAAGUGGAUCGGAGGUCAUGGAACGACGAUUGCAGGUGUUGUCAUCGAUUCAGGCAAAUUCAACUGGGCACGCUCCGGAAAGUUCCCGUCGUUCACUUCUCCCUCCGAGUCAUACCAUGGCCUGAUAUUUCACGACACAUUUGGUGCUGUGGCUUUCGCUAUCAAGCUUCGCGUCGAGCUCCUCCGUGAUUUGGGUCCGGCCCUGAACCCAUUCGCCGCAUUCUUGCUGAUUCAAGGUAUCGAAACGCUUAGCUUGAGGGCUCAGAGGCACUCCGAAAACGCUUUAGCGCUUGCUCAGUGGCUGUCCAAACACGAGAAGGUCGCAUGGGUUUCUUAUCUUGGCCUAGAGAGUCACCCCUAUCACCAAAGGGCGAAGCAGCUUCUCCGCCCAAAUGCCUUUGGUGGUGUUCUCAGCUUCGGCGUCAGGGGCGACGUUAGCGUGGCAAGCACGGUUGUCGAUGGCCUGAAACUGGCCAGUCAUCUCGCAAAUGUCGGUGAUGCCAAGACCCUUGUCAUCCACCCCGCGUCGACGACGCACCAACAACUCAGUGAUGAGGAGCAGCUGUCUUCAGGGGUCACGCCUGAUUUGAUCCGGGUGUCCGUGGGCAUCGAACACAUUAACGACAUCAUCGCGGACUUUGAGCAGGCAUUGAGGCAAGCACCCUGAUUUUCAAGAAGGAAAG